AACACAAGACAGCUUACCUUCCCCUCUCCAGUCCAAAUCCAGAAACUCCUCUCUACCUUCCAUUUCCUACUCCGAUCGUCUCUGCGGGACUUCUUUUCUGGCUUCCCAUCGAUCAGUGAGGUCGGCGCCAUGUACGAGCUCCACUCGGCAGCCACUGACGGCGCGAGGAAACCGACGGCCGUCAGGGCGAUGGAGGCCCUUGGCUGCGGCUUCGAUUUCGCCAGUGACUUCCGGUUGAAGUUCGUUAAGAGGUGCCCCGCCGGAGGAAGAUUGGUUAUUCUCGACGAGACGAACCGGCGGGACCUUGUCGUGCCCGGCGGAGGUGCGAUCAUCCCCGACGUAUCCGAGAAUAUUCGCUGUGAUAAGGGGGACCACGUGCGGUUCAAGUCGGACGUUCUCGAGUUUAAUCAGAUGUCAGAAUUGCUUAAUCAGAAAUCAUCAGUGCAGGCAAAAGUCCCAUCUGGCUAUCUAAAUGCAAUUUUUGACUUGAGUGGAUCAUGGCUGAAUGAUGCCUCGGAUGCCAAAUAUCUUGCCUUUGAUGGUUAUUUUGUGUCAUUAUAUUAUUUGCACUUGACCACAGCUCCACUACUACUUCAAGACCAAGUGAAAAAUGAUGUUCCACCGCAUUGGGACCCAUCAUUGUUAUCUCGAUUCAUUCAGACUUAUGGGACACACAUAAUUGUGGGGAUGGGCAUUGGAGGCCAGGAUUUACUCUGUGUUAAACAGAAACCAUCUUCAUCUAUUCCACCUGCUGAACUCAAAGGAUAUUUGGAUGAUCUUGGUGAUUGUCUGUUCUCUGAUGGAACAAGUUCUCUGCCAGAGACAAGUAGAAGAGAUGGUAAAAUAAAGGUACCUGAGGUAUUUAGCCGCAUGUUGCAGUCACAUACAAUGCAAUUCACUAGCAUCACUGAAACUUCUAGCAAAGAUGGUCUCACAAUUAUAUGGUCAAAACGAGGAGGUGAUGUAUUUGCUCAAAGCCAUAUGAAAUGGCUCCAGACCCUGGCUGCUAACCCAGAAGGAAUCCUUUUCAAACUUGUCCCAAUUACUUCUCUGCUUGCUGGAAUUCCUGGGAGUGGAUACCUCAGUCAUGCAAUAAACUUGUACCUUCGUUACAAACCUGCACUGGAGGAUUUACAGUAUUUUCUCGAGUUCCAAAUUCCUAGACAGUGGGCACCUUUAUUCUGUGAGCUGCCACUAGGGCAUCAAAGAAGAAAGGUCUCAUGCCCUUCAUUGCAGUUUAGUCUCUUUGGUCCAAAGAUUGAAGUGAACUCUAUUCAGGUAACUUUUGUUUGUGGCUCUAUGUGACAAAAGUAGGACUACAUUCUAACUUGCAACAUUCAUAAAUACUAGUUCUUCUCCCAGAGCUACUAGUCAGCAUUGUAAUUAUCCUUCAAAUGACCAUUUACCUUAUUGGGAUAUUAAACGAAUCAAAUCGGAUAUGUUAACUUUACACUGAGUGUUCUGAGUUCCAAAAUAGUUUAAAGAUCAGGGUAAUUUCUUGACGGCAUUUAUUAAACUAUGCCAUCAUGG